GGAGACCAGAUAUAGUGAAUGCAGGGUCCGGGGAGACCAGAUAUAGUGAAUGCAGGGUCCGGGGAGACCAGAUAUAGUGAAUGCAGGGUCCGGGGGGAGACCAGAUAUAGUGAAUGCAGGGUCCGGGGAGACCAGAUAUAGUGAAUGCAGGGUCCUGGGAGACCAGAUAUAGUGAAUGCAGGGUCCUGGGAGACCAGAUAUAGUGAAUGCAGGGUCCGGUCACACCACUGCGCAAUUUGUGUGCAAUUUCAGGUGCGAUUUCUGAGACUUUAUUGCUACUUGUGGAGAUUUCCAACGAUUUCUUGCAAUUUGCAGUGCAAUUUUCAUUAUAUUCUAUGCAUGUGAAAUU